UUUUUUUUUAAGGUGCUUAGUUUGGUAAAGAGAACAUUACAAUUCCCAAAAAAAACGAAACCUGAUUCACAAGAAACCCCCUCACAAAAAGGAGAGAAUUCACUGUAGCUUCAUGAAUGAACUCUCCGACCCACCUUCUUCACAUUCCUCUCUUUCUCUUCUAUACUAUAAAACAGCUCUCUCAUUUCUCCACGAUAUCGUAUUCGUUCAAGCAAUCAUCAUCAACAUUCAACAGAGAAAAAGAAGAAGAAAAUGUCGGACUGGGGACCGAUUCUAGUGACGGUGAUACUCUUCGUGAUGCUCACGCCAGGACUUCUGUUUCAGUUGCCUGGACGACAAAGAUACGUUGAGUUUGGUAAUUUUCAGACAAGUGCCGUCUCCGUUAUGGUCCAUUCCCUUCUCUACUUCUCCCUUGUCUACGUCUUCCUCCUCGCCCUCAAGAUUCACAUCUACAUUGCCUAAUUGUUGCAACCCUUUAAUUUAUUCUGUGUGUUUUCUUUUAGAAUUUUAACCUUAAACUCGUUUUUCUAUCGGACCCUUUUGCUUUUAUGUGUUUACCUUUUAUCUUCUUGUAAACGCAAAAAUUCGUAUUUAUUAUGAUUUAAAUAACAAUGUCAUUAGUUA